GGUGCUUUCGGUGUAGGUGUAGACGGGGGCGGCAUCGAAGAGCGGAUCCGGGGUGACAGCGUACGGGGACGGCAUGGAAGUCACGGCAUGGGGUGCCCGGAGAUCGGACUGACGCUGCAGUGUGCCCGCACUCCGCUCAUCGCUGGGAGUAUGGCAGUGUAGUGACCGAGGGAGGAACGUAAAGCCACAGAGGAGAAUUAAGGUGAAGGUGCCAGGACUGGUCAGGAGAUGUGAAAGAACAUCAUUAUGUUGUGCAUAAACCGAAGAGCCGAACGUCUUUCCCAGCGCCAGAUGAGGCAGGACCGUUGAUGUAUUCCCAGCCGUGCAUAAACAGACUUGGAUAUUUAAGUUCUUUAAUGUUAAUGUAGGCGCUACAGAACCAGUGUGAUGGUGCAAUGAAAUGAGGCUCCGAAAUGGAACUGUGGCCACCGCAUUAGUGUUUAUCACUUCUUUUCUCAGCCUGUCCUGGUACACGGCCUGGCAAAAUGGGAAAGAGAAAUUGAUUGCUUAUCAGCGGGAAUUUCAUGCUUUAAAAGAACGCCUGCGCAUUGCUGAACAUCGAACAUUACAACGCUCAUCUGAGCUACAUGCAAUAUUAGAACAGUUCCGGAAAGCAGUUUCUGAGGCAAAUGGAAGCAGAGAUGCAUUAAGUCACUUUUCAGAUGAAGCUCAGAAACUGUUCAAAGAUUUAACUAAUAGAAAAUCACUACAAGUGCCAAAUAUUUACUACCAUAUGCCUCAUUUAUUAAACCAUGAAGGAAGCCUUCAGCCUGCUGUGCAGGUUGGCCUUGGAAGAACAGGAGUGUCAAUAGUAAUGGGCAUCCCUACUGUAAAGAGGGAAGUUAAGUCUUACUUGACUGAGACGCUACAUUCCCUGAUUGAUAAAUUGUCUCCAGAGGAAAAACUUGACUGUGUUAUAAUAGUCUUCAUUGGAGAGACAGACCUUGAUUAUGUGCACAGCGUGGUUGCAAGCUUGCAAAAAGAAUUCUCCGAAGAAAUCGGCUCUGGUUUAAUUGAAGUAAUCUCUCCUCCUGCUGCCUAUUAUCCAGAUCUGACAAAUUUAAAGGAAACCUUUGGAGAUUCAAAGGAGAGAGUCAGAUGGAGAACCAAACAGAAUUUAGACUAUUGCUUUCUUAUGAUGUAUGCUCAGCGGAAGGGUAUUUAUUACAUUCAGCUUGAAGAUGACAUUGUUGCCAAACAGAAUUACUUCAGUACGAUCAAGAAUUUUGCACUUCAGUUAUCUUCAGAAGACUGGAUGAUUUUGGAAUUUUCUCAGUUAGGAUUCAUUGGGAAAAUGUUUCAAGCACCUGAUAUGACACUCAUUGUUGAGUUCAUUUUUAUGUUCUAUAAGGAGAAGCCCAUUGAUUGGCUCCUGGAUCAUAUUUUAUGGGUCAAGGUCUGCAACCCAGAAAAAGAUGCAAAACAUUGUGACAGGCAAAAAUCAAAUCUUCGAAUCCGCUUCCGGCCAUCUUUGUUCCAGCAUGUCGGCCUGCACUCUUCUUUGGCAGGGAAACUACAAAAACUCACAGAUAAAGAUUUCUUAAAACCAUUGCUUCAUAAAAUCCAUGUGAAUCCACCAGCUGAAGUCUCCACUUCUUUGAAAGUGUACCAAGGCCACACUCUAGAAAAGACCUACUUGGGAGAGGACUUCUUCUGGGCGAUCACUCCUAUGGCUGGAGACUACGUCUUGUUCAAGUUUGAUAAACCAGUCCAUGUAGAAAGGUAUCUUUUUCGGAGUGGCAAUCCUGAACAUCCUGGAGACUUGCUGAUGAACACAACAGUGGAUGUGCUACCUUACCAGAAAGAAAUUUUGGAUUUAAGAAAGAAUGCCAAAGACAAGCUUCUGUCAGAUGGUUUCCUCAGAAUAGGUAAAUUUGAAGAUGGAGUUGCAGAAGGACCAUUGGAUCCCAGUCUAAACCCAAUUGCAGCAUUCCGACUUUCAGUCCUGCAGAAUUCAGCUGUGUGGAUUAUUCUCAAUGAGAUCCACAUAAAGAAGAUUCAGACUGACUGAUGCUUGUAUGUCAGAAGAGGACUUUAUUCAAAGAAGUGUCAUGGGUGGCCUCCCACCCCUUCAUCAUCACUGCCUGAUAGAGACACGUGCAUGCACCUUAAUUCCAUUCUUGUGUGUUUCUUUUCAACUCUACCUCUGUGGAACCUGCUGUAGCUGAAAGAUUGUAUCUAUCCGUUUAAAAAAAAAUCCACUCAACACUUACCUACCAGUAGCAGCCAUAGUCUUCACCACGCUUUUCAAUUGCCAUUAAAUCAGUUAAAGUACAGAUAAGUUCAUAUACAUUCCAUCGGUAGUCAGUAGGCCUUGUUUAUCAAUGUGUCUAAUGGCUAGACAAAGUCUGUGUUGCUCAUGUAACCGACGUGAUUCCCCUUUUGUUCUCUAUAUAAUAGAAUAAAUGGGUGGACCUGAUUGGUUGCUGUAGUCAACUUUGACAAAAGAGUCUUAGUAUAUGUGUGGUAUAACGUCACCGUGCUGACACAAGUGGCAUUGACCUGUUCAUUCAUGUAUGGUAACCAAAGUGGGUGGAAGGCCUUCUCUCUGACACAGUCAAUCACUAGGUAAUCUGGGGACCUCCAGCUGUGGCAUUAUUACAUUUCCCAGCAUGCUUUCUCAGCCAAAGGCCACAGCUGAUAGGCCACAGGUCGCCUUCCUGCAAUACACUCUCAUGGCAUUAUAUAAGCAGGUGUAGUAUAUUAUAAAUAAUUACUGAAUGAAUUAGCAAGAUGUGCUCUAGACAUAUCAUAGCUGAAACAUCUAAGAUGCAUUAUGUGUGGGAUGUAAUGAAAAAAAAAUCUAUUUUUUGUUUUACUAAUUUGUAUUUUGUAGAUAAUCAGGGAAAUAAAUCUAUAAAGUUAUAUAAAUACACACAGUGAGCUAAUAUAUUUAAGAUUUAAGAGAACAUAUUUGUGUGUUGUAAAAUGUUUUAAUUAUUAAUUAUAGAUUUCAUAUGUAUUCUGUUGUCACAUCUGUUUGUAUAUAUGAUGUAAGCAUUGAUUCUAUAGGGGGAAAUAUGUUAUUUACAGUCAUCUUUUUUAACGCCAAUUGAUGCUACUCAUUUUAUUUUGUAUUUUCUUAUUUUGGGGAGAAAAUACAAAUCAAUGCCAAUUCAUAAUUCUAA